AUGCCUCACUUGACUCCGUUGACUCGCCCCCAAGACUCCCGCUUCCCCGCUGCUCCCGCUGCUGGCAAGCCGGCCCCUAAAACGAAGCCGGUGAAGGGCAACCCGGGUGCUGUCCCCAAGGCGCCUGUUCCCGCUGCUGGCGCGUCGGGUGUUCCGCCGAAGCAGGCGGGAGCUGCAGACAGCGCGGGCGCAGCCCCCAAGCUGCCCACCGCUCCCGCUGCUGCUGGCACGUCGGGUGUUCUGCCGAAGCUGGAGGAAGCUAAAGAGAACUCAGGCGGCGCAGCCAGCCAGCCACGGGUUUUGACUGAGGAUGGUAAUGAUGUGGAGAACAGCGCUGACUGGGUUGACUCCGUUGACUCUAUUGACCCGGUUGACUCGGUUGAAUCUGUUGACUCGGUUGACUUGGAGAACCCGCGGGUGCUGCGUGAUGUGGCGGCGGACUUGAAGCGGUCGUUUGAUGAUUUCAGCGGCGCCGUGAAGGAUUCCAUCGGGCAGGCGGGGAGGAACGUGCAGAAUUCGUUCGAUCAAACGUUCCGCACUGGCAAGUUCGCGCCCAAGCCGCGCCGCGGCGGGAGGAAGCACCCGCGCGGAGGCGCUCCUAAGCGCAACCCGGCCGCCGCCCCCAAGACGCCCACUGCCCCCAAGACGCCCACUUCCCCCAAGACGCCCACUUCCCCCAAGACGCCCACUUCCCCCAAGACGCCCACUUCCCCCAAGACGCCCACUUCCCCCAAGACGCCCACUUCCCCCAAGACGCCCACUUCCCCCAAGACGCCCACUUCCCACAAGACGCCCACUUCCCCCAAGACGCCCACUUCCCCCAAGACGCCCACUUCCCCCAAGACGCCCACUUCCCCCAAGACGCCCACUUCCCCCAAGACGCCCACUUCCCCCAAGACGCCCACUUCCCCCAAGACGCCCACUUCCCCCAAGACGCCCACUUCCCCCAAGACGCCCACUUCCCCCAAGACGCCCACUUCCCCCAAGACGCCCACUUCCCCCAAGACGCCCACUUCCCCCAAGACGCCCACUUCCCCCAAGACGCCCACUUCCCCCAAGACGCCCACUUCCCCCAAGACGCCCACUUCCCCCAAGACGCCCACUUCCCCCAAGACGCCCACUUCCCCCAAGACGCCCACUUCCCCCAAGACGCCCACUGCGCCCGCUGCUGGCAUGGCGGCCGCUCCAAAGGUCCCCGCAGGCGAUACGGGCAACGCGCAGGCAUGGCGGGUCCCGCGGGAAAUUAUGGCAUGGCGGGUCCGACGGGAGAUAAGGGCAACGCGGGCGCAGAACCCAAUCCGCUUACUGCUCCCGCUGCUGGCAUGGCGGUGGCUGGGAAAUAGAAUGGGUUGGAGGUGCGAUGAUAUGCUGUGCUGUGUCACUAAGAGGGGCACAGCACAGCGGGCCCUUGGGAGUAACUCUGGGGCAGGGCGUUUGAAUCAGGAGGUUCUGCUCUGCGCUUUCAGACGCCCCUCUGGUGCAAGGGGGGGGGUUGACCUUUGGGCCGGCUCAGAAGCCGUAGGAGCAGGGUUGAAAGGGCGCAUUUGUGGUGGGGGGGGGGGGGGGAUACUCUGGUGUGUGGGGAGAGGAGGGCUGCAAAGGGUGCUCCUUCCGAGCCGAUGA